GGCUAUGAAAACUGAUUUCUUGAUUCGGAGAAUCGGAGAUGACGAUCCCCGAAAUCAAAGCCGAGCUCAAAUCGCUGAAGAGACGGCAAGUUUUCCUGGAUUCAAAGUCGGACAAGAACCGGUUAUGGAAGAUACAGUGGGAUCCUUCCGCGCCGCGAUUCUGUCUGCGAAGGGCGCUCUCGACCUUUAGGGCAAUGGUCGCUCGCGACGCUUGAUCUUCGAUCCUCUCUUUCGAUAGAGCUCGACUCCAAGGAAAAAUGUUGAGGCUGUGGAAAUGGUACCAGAACUGCUUGCGGGAUCAUCCCGUGAAGACCCAGAUCAUCAGCUCCGGCCUAAUUUGGGGCGUCGGCGACGUCGCUGCUCAGACCAUCACUCACUCCACGGCCAAGAGGCACCAUCACCGUCAUCAGGAUGAAGAAAAGGAAUUGAAGAUCAAUUGGAGGAGAGUGGCAACUACCAGUCUGUUUGGCUUUGGAUUUGUUGGACCAGUUGGCCAUUUCUGGUACGAAGGCUUGGACCGGUUUAUAAGGUUGCGACUUCAAAUGCAACCUAACUCUUUGCGGUUUGUCGCUGCCAAAGUAGCAAUUGACGGGUUCCUCUUUGGGCCAUUGGAUCUACUCGUCUUCUUCACGUACAUGGGUUUAUCUGCUGGAAAGAGUGUACCUCAAGUUAAAGAAGACGUCAAGAGGGAUUUCAUUCCUGCCCUGAUUCUAGAGGGAGGCAUUUGGCCCAUUGUUCAAGUGGCUAAUUUCCGAUUCAUACCCGUUAGGUAUCAACUCCUCUAUGUGAAUUUCUUCUGCUUGUUAGAUAGCUGCUUCUUGUCAUGGAUCGAGCAACAAGAGGAUGCUCCGUGGAAAGAGUGGUUGAAAUCUUUGAUACCAUUAACUAAUGAGAAAGACAAAGAUGGAUAAUUGCCAUUCGCUACUUUGAGUUUCUUGUUCCUUCUUUCAACAUCUAUGAAGGUGUAAAACAGAAAAUUCUGGUAUGCCGACCUGUAUUUUCAGAGUUGGAAUGUAUGAGCGGUGGAAUGAAUCAUAGUAGAGGUGUGAGGAUAGGCUGGUAUAGUAUGUAUUGUUGUCAUUCCGUGAAACUUUCAAAAUUCUUUCAUUAGAGGGCAUUUUAGCUGAUUUACUCUGUUCAUUUAUUCAAUCUCAUUGCGGUGGACG